AUGGACCCCGUCAUCAUAACGCCGGAUGACGUAGCUGAGGCGGUCCGUAGGGCCCCGAACUGGAAAAGUCCGGGACUCGACGGACUGCAUCACUACUGGCUGAAGGGGUUCGUGGUGUGUCACGCUGUGCUCGCCCGACAGUUUCAAGAGGCUCUCGACCAAAAGUCGCUCCCGAGCCUCUUCACUACUGGGAUCACUCAUUUGGUUCCUAAAGACCGGGAUUCCACAGACCCGAGCAAAUACCGCCCCAUAACGUGUCUACCUACCAUAUACAAGACACUAACAUCCAUUUUGAGCGCGAGAAUCACUCGUCACCUGAACUCAAAUCAGGUGAUGUCGCGCGCUCAAAAUGGAUGUCGGGGCGGUGGUCGUGGAACCAAGGAACCACUCCUCAUUGACGCGGUCAUUGGCAAGGUGGUUAAACGCAACCGUCGGAACCUCUCCGCCGCCUGGAUAGACUACAAAAAGGCAUUCGACUCGGUGCCUCAUAAAUGGCUUAAGAGGGUCCUCGAGCUGUACAAGGUUGACUGUACGGUUCGAGACUUCCUCGGGCAGUGUAUGGGGCAGUGGAGUACGAUCCUUUGUCAUCUAGGCCAGCGGAUGACGGCUGCGGAGAACCACAUAAGGAUAAGAAGGGGUAUCUUCCAGGGCGAUUGUUUGAGUCCAAUCUGGUUUUGCCUCUCUCUGAACCCUCUCAGUACCUUACUGGAGGGUUCCGGGAGGGGAUUUCAGCUUCGGAAAGGAGGUACAAAAGUGACCCACCUUUUCUAUAUGGAUGAUCUCAAGUUAUUCGCCUCCAGUCGCUCCCAUCUUGUGGAAUUGCUAAACAUCACUUGUGAUUUUAGCAAUUCUAUUGGAAUGGAGCUGGGGACGGAUAAGUGUGCGAUCCUCCAUGUCGAAAGGGGAAGGGUUGCUAACUCUGAGGGCAUAGACUUAUCUAUGCCCAUCAGCAUAAGGACCCUUUGCGACGUGUCAGUCAGCGCGACCAGUCAGUUUGCGAUGUGUUUUAUGCACGCUUGA